GCCCCUCUCUGACUUAACUCCAGGAAGUCGGACGUCUGUAGCUUACGCCGGUAGAGAACUACACACAACGCUUAAAUAUUGACAGUGGAGAAUGCCUAAAGCUGCAUUCAGGUGUAUAGAGUGCAAUGAAGAGGCGAACGAGCUCCAUCGUGAUUAUAGCAACGGGAUUUUGAAAAUAACGAUAUGUGAGUCGUGUAAAAAGCCAGUGGACAAAUACAUUGAGUAUGAUCCUGUCAUUAUUCUGAUUGAUGCCAUCUUAUGCAAAAUUCAAGCAUUCAGGCACAUAUUGUACAACACAGAGAUCAAUAUUCACUGGAAGCUCUGUGUGUUCUGCCUUCUGUGCGAGGCUUAUCUGAGGUGGUCUCAGCUGCAGGGCUCCGAGCAGACCAGCGACCCAGCUGACAUCAUCAGAUACACCAGAGAAUGGGACUUCUACGGCAUGUUUGGACUGGCGGCUCUCGAGUUAGCUGUGUUCAUGUGUGGAGUGCUGGCCUGUCUGUGGCUGGUUCAGGGGCUGCGGGGCCAGGCGCUGGAGGCCAGCCUGCUGCUCAAAGCCCUGCUGCUGUCCAGCUACGGGAAGGUGCUGCUCGUCCCCGCAGUCAUCUGGGAGCACGACCACUCACCCCUCUGCUUCAGCCUGAUCAAGAUCUUUGUGCUGACCUCCAACACUCAGGCCGUCAGAGUAAUACUGAACUGCGGCCGACGUCUCUCUCUGCUGGCUGUGAUGACGGGACUGUUACUGGAGACCUGCGUCUCUCUGAGCUUCCCCAAGCUCCAGUGGCACACACAGGGCUUCCUGCCAUUCCAGUGACCCAGCCCUGACCCCUUUGAGGAGCUGUUGAUUUAGCAUGGAAGCUAAAUACGCUAACUUUGUUUGUGUUUGCUGAUGUGGCCUGAAACUACUGGGGUGCACAAGGCUCUUCCUGAGCCGUCACAGAUGCAAACAUACCAGAGAAGGUCAAGCACUGGAGGGUUAAGGAUGACCUCACAACAACUGGUCACUGUUUAGAGUGGUAUUAGCGUGGGACUGCUAAAGAUUCCUGAGGUGAUUUGAUAAACUUGCGUCAGACAGGUUUGCUGAGUGACACACAAUUACCACAGACAUUCUGCUGCAUUCUACCAUAACAAUAAUGUUUACAGCCACAUAACACACAUCGGCAAAACACUGUCCAAAAUGACAUGCUGCGUUAAUAUAUAAUUGUUUUAAAAAUGUAAAAUGUAUGUUUUGGAAGAUUAUUGCAUACAUUUCUAUUUUUCUACAAUUAAAAUGAUAUUGAGCUUUUCUUCUAUGUAGUUGUUUGAUGUCAAAUCUUCUAUGUAGUUGUUUGAUGUCAAAUCAGUGUUCACAGCCUGCUCACAGCCUGCUGUAUGCCGUCACGCAUGUUACACUCAUCUCAUCUGUAAUGUGAGGUAAACCUCCCAAAUCCUGUAA